AUGUCGGUGUCCCUGUCCAGCAUCCCAUCAGUCGUGCUGAAGGACAAGAGCUGCUACCAGGCCGGCAUGCUGAAGGGCAGCCCGGCUCGAGGCUUCUACCCUGGGGCCCCUCUCCCCGGCCCUCACCCCUACAUGGACUUCUUCCCGCGGACUCACAGCCUCCUCCACCCGCUCAAGUCCCUCGGCCGCCUUGUGUCGGACACUUCCCAGGUGUCCCUGCAGCUCAGCCUGCACGGCGGAGCCCCUCCGUUCCCGCACCACGCCUCGGUGCUGCAUGAACACAUGUUGAACGCCUCCGGGCUGCCGUACCUGAGCCAGAUGCUGCCGGGACACCAGCUCUACUCCAAACCGGAGGAGCUGGCCGCGGUGGUGACGGAGCACGCCGCCGGUCCGCUGUCCUCAGACUUCAGCAGCCCGUCCAGUGAGAGGUCCUGCUCCGCGUCUUCUUCCGCCGUCUCGCCGCCUAAAGAGAGUUUGUUCCGCCUCCGCAGCGCCGAGGUGUCUCCAGAAAAGACGUCUUAUAACUUCAGCGAGGAUGACUUGUUCAUGGUGCUGUACGGCUACUCCGGCAACCAGGAGCGCAGCGUGGGCCACGCCAUAUCCGGCCUGGCCCUGCCCGAAAAGUCAGUUUCUGACUCUCACAUUAUCCCACUGGACAAAGAAACACUUGAACUCCCAGAAGGGUUAACCGUCGUCCAGGCAGCCUGGGGAAACGUCUCACACUGUGGAGUGUUCACAGACAAAAGCACCAUCCCUAAAGGGAUGCGCUUCGGUCCUUUUCAAGGAAAACUGGUCAACACCAGCGAGAUUAAAACAUACGAUGACAACACUCUGAUGUGGGAGGUUUUUGAAAACGGCCGACUGAGUCACUUUGUUGACGGCAGAGGAGGCUCAGGGAACUGGAUGUCAUUAGUGAAGUGUGCUCGCUUCCCAGAGGAGCAGAACCUCAUCGCAGUGCAGGUCCAGGGCCAGAUCUUCUAUGAGGCCUGCAAAGAGAUCCGGCCAGGCCAGGAGCUGCUGGUGUGGUACGGAGACUGCUACAUGCAGUUCCUCGGCAUCCCUCUCACCCUGAAAGACCCCAGAGAGGACAACAACGUGCUCCCUCCAGCUGAAGAUUCUGGUGAGGGUUUCAAGUGUGACAGGUGUGGGAAGGUGUUUGCAUACAAGUACUACAGAGACAAGCACCUGAAAUACACGCGCUGCGUGGAUCAGGGCGACAGGAAGUUCCCCUGUCAUCUCUGCAACAGAUCUUUCGAAAAGAGAGACAGAUUAAGGAUCCACAUUCUGCACGUGCAUGAAAAGCACAGGCCUCACAAGUGCUCAGUGUGCGGAAAGAGUUUCUCCCAGUCGUCCAGUCUCAACAAACACAUGCGUGUGCACUCUGGAGAACGGCCAUACAAGUGUGUCUACUGUAAUAAGGCCUUCACUGCCUCCAGUAUCCUGCGCACACACAUCAGGCAGCACUCCGGAGAGCGGCCCUUCAAGUGUAAGCACUGCGGGAAGGCCUUCGCCUCACACGCCGCCCACGACAGCCACGUCCGGCGGACUCACGCCAAGGACAAGCCGCAUCCCUGCGACCUGUGCGGAGCUACUUUUCAGGGGGAACAAGAACUUGCAUAUCACAUGAAAAGUCACAAAAAGAGGCAAAUCUUGGACAGCACAGUUCUUCAGUCUUCUCCGGGGACUGGAAUAAAGGAGGACUCCGUGUUUCCAGCGAAGGACAAUGCAAAAAUACAGAAAAACGCCGGACAAAAUAUUCCUUACCCCGGGUUAACGGUUUUGAAUCCAGAAUAUCGGCCCUGGAACUAGUCUGUCUGAGCUAAACUCAGUAAAUCCUGAUGAAGAAAACAUUCAAAGUGUGUAAUACUUUAGAGGAUUUCAGACGAUACAAAUAUCACAAAAAGGUGAUAAGGUAGGAUCUUUAUGUAAAUGCUGCUUUAAAAAAAAGUUGUUCUAUAUAAGGCCUAUUUAAAUAGGCUCAUUAUAAUUUAAAAUGUGUCUAAAUCUAUUUAUAAUAUGUUAAAAUAUGUUGUCUGUUUUGUGGCUUAAAGCUUUCACUCUGCAAUGGUUUUGUGAACCCUCGUGAUUC